AAUAACCUCUUUGGGUUUGCUGUGUAUGCCGCCUGUCUAGCUGGAUGUUUUACUUAGCGGGCUGCAUAUUAAUUGUAGGAAAUUGGCCGCGCCGGCCGAGAAACGAUGCUAAUUCUUUCAUAAUAUUACAUUUAUCUGUUCAGUGGUAGCAUUUCAUUUGUGCGAUAUAAGAGGCAUGUAGGUCGCUGCGGCUUACAUAAGCAGACGCCGGGGUGUUUACAGUGGCAUACGGGAGCACCCCGCUUUUUAUUCGAAAAACAGGCGCACAUUUCGGUAAAUACUGGAGUAUAUACGACAUUUUUUAUGUGUUACGGGCGCAAUCCAGCGUCUGUCUGGAGACGAUCUGCUUGCACAGCAGGACUCGACAAGCCCGAGAUUGAGCGUCCCUUUGCAGGCUGGGUUCUGAGAGCGGGCGUCCUCGGGAGCGAUCGCCUCCCAUGAUGUGGCUGCUUGCUGGUGUAUUUAUAAACAUGCACCUUAUUUUUGAAGUAACGAAGAAAUAUGGCACCCGGGAACGAGAAAUAGAUGGAUUUACCGGACAGCUGAUCCCCUUCUCACAGUCAUUUUGGGAUGAUGUAUUAUGCAGAAGGCGUUUGGAUAAGCUGCCCAGUGCUGUGUAGAUCGGCAUGAAGGGAAGAUCAUCAAGAAAGUAGAACAAACCACACAGGCAGCCCGAUAUAGGAGAGAGCUGACCUUUCACAUCCACCACUCGGUGCAAAAACAUUUUAACUGAUCUGCCCACUAAUCGAGAUAUACGUGUAGGUAUAUGUUACACAGAGAAACAAGGCCGGAGCCAACUGGAAGUUUCCCAGCGUUCUGCCCUACUGAUCCAGGAAGGAUGUCCAACGACCCCCCCCCUCCAUACCCCGGGGGUCCCAGUGCCCCCCUCAUCGAGGAGAAGAAUGGCCAGCCGGCCGUCACAGCCACCGCCCCAGUGAUGACGGGUCCUCCACAGGGACCACCCCUCCCUCCAGAGUAUGGACCCCCACCCUACGAGCCCAGUGCCCACAUGGGCUUUGUGCCCCCGCAUGUUCCAGGGGAGGGACCCCCCAUGCCCAUGCCCAUGCCUCACCCCUACGUGGGACAGCCCACCCCAGGUCGCUACCCUGCCCAGCCAGGCCGGCCCACCACAGUGCUGUCCCCCCUGGGAGCCACCACCAUGGUGACAGUGCUGCAGGGCGAGAUGUUCCAGUCGGCACCGGUGCAGACAGUGUGUCCACACUGCCAGCAGACCAUCAUCACAUCCAUCUCCUACGAGAUUGGCCUCUUGAACACACUUUUCUGCCUCUUCUGCUGCUUUGUGGGGUGCGACUUUGGCUGCUGUCUGCUGCCUUGCCUGAUCAACGACCUCAAAGAUGUGACGCAUACCUGUCCCUACUGCAAGGGCUACAUCUACACAUACAAGCGCAUGUGCUAACGAGGGCACGUUAGCCGGUCGCUCAGCAGCCAUCUCCCUCGCUCUGCCCGCUGCCGUAGGCUCUAAUGGAUGCACGUUUCCCCCAUUGAACCAUGUCCAUACUCACACGCUCCUGUACUGGGAUCGCUGCGUCUGGUAUUCUGUGUGAAUUGAGUGACCCCUUUAAGGUGGUGUGCAAAAGAGGGCGGAGCUGAAGUCAGAUCGCACAGCUGGUUUUACGUCGAUAUUCUCAGAUCGCACGGCUGGUCUUAUGUUGAUAUUCUCAGAUCGCACAGCUGGUCUUAUGUUGAUAUUCUCAGAUCGCACAGCUGGUCUUAUGUUGAUAUUCUCAGAUCGCACAGCUGGUCUUUGAUGUUCUCAGAUCGCACAGCUGGUCUUUGAUGUUCUCAGAUCGCACAGCUGGUCUUUGAUGUUCUCAGAUCGCACAGCUGGUCUGAUAGUCUCAGAUCGCACAGCUGGUCUUUGAUGUUCUCAGAUCGCACAGCUGGUCUUUAAUGUUCUCAGAUCGCACAGCUGGUCUUUGAUGUUCUCAGAUCGCACAGCUGGUCUUUGAUGUUCUCAGAUCGCACAGCUGGUUUUAUGUCGACAUUCUCAGAUUGUACAGCUGGUAUUUUUUUCCUCGAUAUUCUAUAUGAAAGCUGUGGUAGUGAAGUGAGGUGGAGAUCCUGAAUAUGAUACUAGGUAGGUACCCCCUGUAGAGCUUAGCAUCACAGACCAAACCAAAGUCUGAGGCAGCGCCAAUCAAACUUUGAUGGACAUUUAUUUAAAACAUGACUUUAAGUUAUUUUAACAGAUGGGAGUCUAAGUAAGCAGGGCCUGGCUUCUGUCUGAGGGACCUGCUUUGCCCCAUUCACCACGCCCUACCUGCCCUACAGGUGCAACUAAGACCUGCUCAUUUUGGGUCAGGAUUCACUGACAUACAGUUGUCAUUGUUAACAGGGCAGAAAUUCCGAUUACCCAGAAAAAUCCCUUUCCCACAGUAUGCAAAAGAAUGUUACACUUCUACGAGCCCCCAUACCUGCAUCCUCUGCUGAUGUCUGUGGUGAUGUUCGUUACGUGACUUUUAAUUCAAGAGCAUAUUUGGGAAGCUGGUAAAUAAAACAUUCAAACGUUUAA